AUGGCUUCGAUAUUAGAUCAGUACGAACAGGCCUCUCAAAGCUCACAGCGGCCAAAACCUGUAACUGAACCAAUGGUUUCCUCCGGAUAUAUAAACAUGCAACUAGAAGACUAUACACCUAUGUUUUCAAAGAAGAGAAUGAUGCUUAAGAAUCUUACAGGAGUGAUAACUCACGCUGCUGUAGCCAAUGAUUACAUUGUACUGGCUAUGCAUAAAGAAGACGAGAAAAAGAAAUUGUUUCGCCUUGAUCUGAAGAACAGUAACGACCAUGGAGAAGAAAUUGAAUACUUGUCAUAUGUUCAUCCAAAUUCCAAACUAAAUGCAAUUUUCCUUGAUCCACUUGGAUGUCACUUGUUAAUGGCAUUUGUUCCUAGAAGCAAAGAUACCCAUGGGUAUCCAGAAUUGGUAUAUUUACACCAGAAUAGUAAGAAGUUCAAACAGGUAACUAAGUCCAAGAACUUAGAAGUAACCGAAGUGGGAUGGAACUGGGAGAAUACAUCCCGUGUAUCAACUGGCCCUAUCCUGUUGGGGACAUCUCAGGGUCAUUUAUUUGAGACUGAGUUGGAGACUGACAGUGAUAAAAUGUAUACUGCCAGUAACCAGUACUGGAGAGAGAUAUUCGACAUUGGGAGAGGGACAGAAAUGCCAAUAACAGGCAUCCAAUUCCAGAGAGUUAAUAAAACGAGAAAAUACUUUAUUUUUAUCACAACUCGGACAAGACUGUACCAAUUCAUUGGGGAUGCUAUUAUGCAAGAUGACAAGCCAUCCUUACAGUCAGUCUUCUACCCCUACUUGACGAGACCAGAAACUGAUUUCCAAGCGAUCCCAUCAAACCUCAAGUAUUCAAAGUUGCAAUUCUUUUUUGAUAAAAAUGACACACCAAAGACUUUUGCUUGGUUAACAGAACCGGGUAUAUUUUAUGGACAGUUAGACCCCAGCUCUCAACAAAAUUCAAAUUCUUUAUUUACACAAAGUACACUAAUUACUUAUCCAACAAAUGACGAAGAGAAGGAAAGUGCACCUCUUUCAUUCGCUCUGACAGAAUUUCACGCACUGCUCAUGUACUCUGAUAGAGUGAAAGUCAUCUCUCUGUUGAGCCACGAACUAGUCUAUGAGGAUAUUUACACAGAAGCACAUGGAAAACUGAGGAGUGUAAUCAGAGAUAGCAAGAAGAGAACGAUCUGGGCUGUUACAGAUAUAUCAGUGUUCAGGUACAAAGUGAUCCGAGAGGAGCGCAACUUGUGGAGAAUAUAUUGUGAUAAAGAAGAAUUUGACCUAGCCAAGGAUUACUGCUUCAACAAUCCCGCGUUCAUAGAUAUUAUUAACGUGAAACAAGCCGAAUUGUUAUUCAGUAAAGGAGACUACGAGAAAAGCGCUGAGGUCUACGCUGAUACUCAGAGCAGCUUCGAGACUAUAUGCCUAAAGUUCUUAGAAUUAGAACAGACAAAUGCUUUAAAAAUCUACUUAGCAAAGAGACUAGAUUCUUUAAAGGAAGAUGAUAAAACAUUAAUAUCCAUGCUUGUGAUUUGGAUGGCCGAGUUAUAUUUGUCGCAAUUAGGUUUACUUCGUCGCACUGGGAAGGAAGAAUCGAAUCAGUAUCUGCAGAUUCAAAGUGACUUCGAGGUGUUCUUGCUGCAUCCGAAAGUUACCAAAUGCAUGCAUCAUGUUAAGUCUAUUGUCUAUGAUUUGAUGGCAUCUCAUGGCGACAAACAUAACUUAAUCAAGCUGAUGAUUAUUAACGAGGAUUAUGAGAAUGUUAUUGCUCAGUAUAUUGACAAAAAAUCCUACCUGGAAGCUAUUCAGACCCUUCAGACGCUGAAGAAACCUGAGCUUUUCUACCAGUUUGCUCCGUCACUGAUCGAGAAUUGUCCAAAGCAUAUGGUGACUGCGUUGAUGUCUCAAGGAACGAGAUUGGUACCAGGGAGGCUGUUACCUGCAUUCCUUUCUUGCCAAAAUGAUGAACAGCAUAUAUCAGAGAUAAUUAGGUACUUGGAAUUUAUCCUGCAACAUUUCAACGUGAAAGACAAGGCGAUACAUAAUUAUUUAUUGACGCUGUACGUUGAACAUGAUCAUGAGAUGCUGUCACGGUACUUGGCGAGGCAGGGACAAGAUGUCACUUUGGUCAACUAUGAUGUGCACUAUGCAUUAAGGUUGUGUCGCGAGAAAAAUCUAUCUGUUGCUUGUGUAAACCUCUCAGCAUUGCUGGGUCUUUGGGAGUCUGCGGUUGAACUAGCAUUGCAAGUGGAUUUGCACCUUGCUAAGAAUAUUGCCAACAUGCCGGAAGAAUCGGAACUGCAAAGGCAGCUAUGGCUUAAUAUUGCUGAGCAUGUCAUAACAAAGAACCAAGAUAUGCAAGAGGCGAUGAACUUCUUGAAAGAAUGUUCGCUUAUCAAGAUAGAAGAUAUACUGCCAUUCUUCAGCGAUGUAGUCACAAUAGACCACUUCAGGCAGCCCAUCUGCGAAUCUUUACAGGAGUACAAUCAGGAAAUAGAAGGAAUGAAAACUGAAAUGGAGGAAGCAACAAUAGCUGCUGAAUGUGUUCGGGCAGAGAUUCAGUCGUUCCGUAACCGUAGCGUGACCGUGUUAGUGUCAGACGCUUGCUGUCUGUGCGACAUUACGCUGCUACUGCGCCCCUUCUACCUGUUCCCUUGCGGCCACAAGUUCCACAGCGACUGCCUGACGGCUGAGACACUGCCUAUACUCACUCCAACCCGCCGCAACAAGCUCACAGAUUUGCAGCGCCAACUCUCCGUGCUCCCCAACAUCGAACUGUCUGCCAUCACAUCGAGCGGUCUACCUCUAAGGGAAAUCUUGAAAAAUGAGAUAGACGACAUUGUUGCCAGUGAGUGUAUAUUUUGUGGCGAGUACAUGAUCAAGUGUAUCGAUAAGCCGUUCAUUGCCGACGAGGACUGGGAUAGAGUUAUGAAGGAGUGGGAAUGA